AUGGAAAUUGGAAUUUUCUCUUUUAUCGACGGAAGGAGAGGGAGACGAAGGAGAAGUUUAAUAGGUUUGUCUUUCGUCUUUUACAGCAAUAGAAUUAGAUCCGCCCCUGCAAACAAGUCAUACUUACCUUCCGAAACCCCGGAGCCUCUUAAGAAGCUGCGAAAGGAGGAGCUGGAGACCUUGCAAGGCAAGAACCGCCAGGGAGAUGGUGAGUUUGCCAAGUACGAGCGCGUUUACGACUAUGACGUGUACAACGAUGUGGGCGACCCUGACGGAGAUGAGGAACUUGCACGUCCAGUUCUUGGAGGCCUUGAUCAUCCGUACCCAAGGCGGUGCAAGACUGGUCGGCAAGCCUGCGACAAGGACCCCUCCACAGAGAAACGCCCCGGCGAGGAGUUCUAUGUCCCGAGAGACGAGGAGUUCUCUACAUCCACGGGCAUUGAGUUCCUGGGCAAGCUCACCUUGGCAACUCUUCCUUCCUUUUUACCGAUGAUCGACGAAGCUCUGCUGAAUCCGGACUCUUCCUUCCUAAACUUCAAGGCCAUCGAAAAUCUCUUUGCAGAAGGGAAGUUUCGCAAGAAUGCAAUUUACAAUUUUCUUGUUGGUACUGAAAAGCUUCGACGCUUUCAUCCCCCUGAUCUCAUUAAGAAGGAUAGAUUUUCAUGGUUUGGAGACGAAGAGUUUGGUCGCCAGACUCUUGCAGGCCUUAAUCCCUACUGCAUUCAGCUAGUUCAAGAGUGGCCGUUAAAAAGCAAACUAGACCCUGCGGUUUAUGGUGAUCCCAACUCACUCAUUACUCAUGAAGUUGUGGAAAAAGAACUCAAAGGAGUCAUGUCAGUUGAUGAGGCUCUAAAGAACAAGAAAUUGUUCAUGUUGGAUUAUCACGAUUUGCUACUACCGUAUGUGAACAAAGUGAGAGAACUGGAUGACACAACCCUAUAUGCAUCUCGAACACUAUUCUUCCUCCAAGAUGAUAGCACAUUAAAGCCUAUUGCUGUUGAGUUGACUCGUCCCCAAGAUGUCGACAUGCCCCAGUGGAAGCAGGUGUUCACGCCAGGCUAUGGAGUCUUGCUAAGAUUCAUGCGGUUUCUCAUGACGCUGAGGACUCACUGCUCUAUGGAGCCAUACAUAAUAGCGGCAAACAGACAACUAAGUGCCAUGCAUCCCAUUUAUAGGCUUUUGUAUCCCCACUUCCGCUACACCAUGAAGAUCAACGCUAGUGCACGCAAAGGUCUCGUCAACGCAGGUGGAAUCAUUGAGAAUAAUUUCUGGCCCGGAAAAUAUUCAUUAGAGCUAAGUUCAGAUGUAUAUGCUAAACUCUGGAGGUUCGACAAGGAAGGCUUACCCGCAGACCUCAUCAGCAGGGGGCUGGCUGUGGAAGAUAAGACCGCAGAACAUGGGGUACGCCUGACAAUACCAGACUACCCGUUUGCCAAUGACGGUCUAAUGCUGUGGGAUGCACUCAAGGAAUGGAUAACAGACUAUGUGAAUCACUAUUAUCCAAAUGCAGAAUUGAUCACAUCGGAUGAGGAACUCCAAGAAUGGUGGAGAGAAGUAAAGAACGUAGGGCAUGCGGACAAGAAAGACGAACCAUGGUGGCCUGACCUCAAAACACCAUAUGACUUGAUCGGGAUAGUGACUACGAUUGCAUGGGUAGCCUCAGGCCACCAUGCAGCUGUUAACUUCGGACAGUACGGUUAUGGAGGAUACUUUCCCAACCGACCAACCACAACAAGGAUAAAAAUGCCAGUGGAAGAUCCCACAACGGAGGAGUCAAGAGAGUUCUUGGAAACGCCAGAACAGGUGAUGCUUAAGACAUUCCCGACGCAGAACCAGGCGAUGAAAGUGAUGAUCACUCUGGAUCUUUUGUCGACCCAUUUUCCUGGCGAAGAGUACAUAGGCGAAGUACCCGAGGCAUCUUGGGUCAACGAUCCUGUCAUCCAUGCUGCAUAUGAAAGAUUCAAAGCCAAGCUCGAAUACCUAGAAGGAGUGAUAGAUGGGAGGAACUUGGACGCUGAACUAAAGAAUAGAGUGGGAGCUGGCGUGGUUAAGUACGAGCUUUUAAAGCCCGUCUCUCCUGACUCCGGUGUUACCGGAAUGGGUGUUCCUUAUAGUAUUUCCAUUUGA